CAAUGAGCUUCGAUCCAUGGAAGCGAAGGAUACGUCCACUUCCUUGAAUCAAGAGCCCCCUCACUGGCUUCAAAGCACCUUCCUUAAAGAGUUGUAACCUGAGGAUGACACAGGUGGCCUCAGACGAGGUAGGGAAAAUAAUGGCGGACACUGUGGUGAUGGACGACCGCUUGGAGACCUGGGCUUCCUGUGUAGGCUGUCGAGGCUCCGCCCUCCUGGGGGUCAGGCUCCGCCUCGCUACCCGAGGCUGAGUAUAUAGAGUGGUCGCUGCCCCAUCCUGGGCAGUGUCAUCAAGUCCAAGAUGAUAGGUGCAUACAUAUUGAGGAGUUUGUACGAGGUGGUGGAGGUCGCGGUCCGGCAGUACCUCUGCCACGUGCUGGUCUUUGUAACAGUGAUGUUGGCCACCCGCUGUUACCUGGGCUCUCGCGUACGCCCGCUGCCCCCUGGCCCUUGGGGGGUCCCUAUCCUAGGCUACCUUCCUUUCCUCACUAAGGAUAUUCACAUUUCCCUCAUGAACUUGGCCACAAGGUUCGGCUCCAUCUACCGCCUCAGCUUCGGUAACAAGAUGCUGGUCAUCCUCACUGAUCCCAAGAUCAUUCGUGACGCCUUUAGGAGAGAAGAGUUUCACGCUCGUCCCUCCAGUGCCCUCUACGACAUGUUCGACGGUUAUGGUCUGGUCAACACCUCUGGCAUAACAUGGCGGAAUCAGAGACGGUUCUUACACGAGCGUCUUCGAGCCCUUGGCAUGAAGACUACAGGACCAGGCCGCGAGCAGAUGGAAGUCCGUAUUAUGAGUGAGGUAGAGUGCUUCCUACAGUGCCUGGCGACUGGUAAGGGCAAGGCUUUAGAGGUGGGAGAGCUGCUGUGUAACGCGUCCACCAACGUCAUGUGUUCCCUCCUCAUGUCAGUUCGGUUCCGCCUCAACAACCCCAACUUCCUUCGCUUCAUGGAGCUCCAUGACGAGGGUUUCAAGUUAUUCCUAAAGUGUGAUAUCACCAGCUACAUUCCAGUCUCCAAAUACAUUCCCUCAGUCAGCGAGAACUUCCAAAAAUUGAUCCAGAGCCGAGAUGAGUCCGGAGAGAUGAUCCGUGAAAUCAUCAAGGAGCGGAGGGAAACCUUUGACCCCAGCCAUACAGGUGACAUCCUCGACUGCUACCUCCUUGAGGAACACCGAGCCAAGGAGGAGGGACGAGUUCUCUUCGAAGGAAAAGACUUCGAUCGACAGCUUGUGCAAGUGAUGACUGAUAUAUUCAGCGCUGGCGAGGAGACCGUGAAGACGUGUUUGCUGUGGUCAUUGGUUUACCUUCUGCGUCACCCAAAGGUGAUGCACAGGGUUCAGGAGGAGCUGGACGCUGUGGUAGGACGUUCUCGCAUGCCUUGUCUGGACGACCAGCAGCAUCUGCCCUAUACCGAGGCCACCCUUUGCGAGGUCCUGCGCCGCUCUACCGUCGUGCCCUUGGGAACCUUUCACGCUACCACUAGGGAUACCACUCUAGGAGGGUACACCAUUCCCAAAGGAGCUACUGUGAUCCCACUCCUGUAUGCGUGCCACAUGGAUUCCCAAUUGUGGGAGGAUCCACAAAGAUUCGACCCAACUAGGUUCAUUGACGCAGAGGGCCGAGUUAAGAAGCCAGAGCAGUUUAUUCCUUUUGGCGUUGGACGACGCAUGUGCCUCGGUAAUGUCCUCGCUCGAAGUGAGCUGUUCUUAUUCUUCACCUCCAUUCUUCAUGUCUUUAAUUUGGCGACACCAGAGAAUGAGCCCCUGCCUAGCAUGGAAGGAAUCCUUGGCACUACUUAUACCCCAAAGGCAUUCAAGCUGUCGUUCAUUCCUCGUGAAGUGUCGAAGAUUGGUAACAUCGACAUGCAGUCGCACGAGUUCAGAGCAGCAGGACUCUGAGAUUUCUUCCUCCCUACGGCUCAAAUGCUCUUGGGUUUUGCUGCCCCUGACAGUUCCUAUAUAUGUGACUCCUGACCCCGUCCAUCAGCACACCAGUACACAAGACCAGUGAAGGAGCAAGCUGGACGGCACUGGGGGCCAGGAAAGCAAGAGACAAACAGCAGCCUCAGUUUAAAUGUUGGUGUGAAAGCCAAUAGGAGAAAUAUCAGAUUGCAGAAGUUGGCCCCACUCGCCUCCAGAGCAGGAAGUCCCACCAAAGACAGUUUGCCGAGUCGUACGUAAGAUCCGGCGGCUUAUCUGUGAUAUGUUUGUAUAAUUAUCUGUUGUGUAUUUAAUGUCUGUAUGAUCCAUGUAUCUCGUUGUAGUGUAAAAUUAGAAUUUUUUACUAUUUUUUAUAAUGGAGACGCAGGCGUAAAGAUGUUCCUUUAACACGACGACGGGGAAAUAUAGAGCCGGGAUGUAUGUCUCUCAUCCUGGACACGUGUCAGUCAGUAUGACGUGUUGUUCCACGUCUCAAGUUGUGUCCCUACAAGAGAGCACAAACCAUUGCUUUAGUGACUUGCACACGCGUCAGUAUGAGAAUACAAUUGAGACGUUGAUAAGUUAUGUUUUUAAAGUUAAUAUCUCAACUGUGACAGCAGCGAAGUCUGCCGCUGCUGGUUUCCGCUCAAGAUUAUGCUCAAAUAAAUUAUAAGUAGAAUUGUUUAUGUCGCCCUCCUCUCUGUGGGGCCUUUUAGGAGACGGUCGUCCCCUAAUUAUUCAACUAAUUAUUAAUAAUUAACAAAUAAUUAUUAAUAAUCAUUUAUUAAAAUAUACCAUGUU